CCUGAGCCGGAGCCUGAGCCUAAGCCUAGCUUAGGCAGCCUCCCUCCCUCGCUAAACCCGAUCCGAUUUCGUUACUCGACUCGACUAGGGCGCACGCACACCCCGCUGCUCCCUUCCCCUCCGUCUCUCCCCCCCACCCCGCCCCUCCCUAUCUCCUCCUCGACGAAGCAGCUGCCAUCGCCGCCGCCUCCGACGUCGACGACAGCGACGUGCAGGAAGGAAAAAGGCGAACCCCAUACUGGAUAGGUUAAUGGCUGGCACUUUGGUCGAAGAUUAUACAGGGGAUGGUAGAUCCUCGUCAACCGAGGACUUGCCAAGUGAUCAACAAAGCCAUUCUGGGGAAUCUUUAGCUGAGUGGAGGUCAAGCGAGCAAGUUGAGAACGGAACACCAUCCACUUCACCAGCUUACUCGGACACUGAAGAUGAUGAUUGUGGGCCAAGGCCUCCUGAACUUUAUGGAAAGUUUACAUGGAGGAUUGAUAAUUUUUCACAAAUCAACAAGAGGGAGCUACGGAGUAACUCCUUCGAUGUUGGCGGUUAUAAAUGGUACAUUUUGAUUUAUCCACAAGGAUGUGAUGUUUGCAAUCACUUGUCACUCUUUCUUUGUGUUGCGAACCAUGAUAAACUACUCCCAGGAUGGAGCCACUUUGCGCAGUUUACAAUAGCUGUAAUUAAUAGAGACCCUAAGAAAUCUAAGUAUUCUGAUACGCUGCACCGGUUUUGGAAGAAAGAGCAUGACUGGGGAUGGAAAAAAUUUAUGGAGCUAUCAAAAUUACAUGAUGGCUUUGUCAUUGAGGAUGUUCUUACCAUCAAAGCUCAAGUUCAAGUUAUUAGGGAGAAGGCAGAUCGCCCAUUUCGUUGCCUUGAUGGCCAGUACCGAAGGGAACUAGUUAGGGUGUAUUUAUCAAAUGUGGAACAAAUUUGCCGGCGAUUUAUUGAUGAAAGAAGAAGCAAGCUUUGCAGGUUAAUUGAGGAUAGACUGAGAUGGUCCAGUUUCAAUGCAUUCUGGCUAGGCAUGGAUCCAAGUAUGCGGCGGAACAUGACAAGGGAAAAGACUGACACCAUAUUGAAAGUUCUAGUGAAACAUUUUUUCAUAGAAAAGGAAGUUACAUCAACCUUAGUAAUGGACUCGCUGUAUACCGGACUGAAGGCUCUGGAAUAUAAGAGCAAGAACCAAGUGGGGUUGUCCAAAUUAACAGAGACAGAUGCUCGAAGCACUUCUAUGGUGCUUGUUGAGCAGGAUAUGUUUGUCUUGGCAGAUGAUGUGUUAAUUUUGCUUGAAAGAGCUACAUUAGACACACUGCCACACCAACAAUUGCCUACCAAGGAUGAAAAAGCUUCACAGAACCGCACAAAGGGAAGCAGCUCGGGCGAUGACUUCAACAAAGACUCUAUUGAGCGCGAUGACAGACGACUUAUAGAGCUUGGCUGGAAGACACUAGAAUUUUUUGCCUUGGCUCAUAUAUUCAGUCGAAUUGAAGUGGCAUACCAAGAGGCCGUGGCUUUGAAGCGCCAAGAAGAGCUCAUCCGUGAAGAAGAAGCUGCUGGGCUUGCAGAAAUCGAACUUAAGGCAAAGCGUAGUGCUGCUGAGAAGGAAAAACGUAUCAGGAAAAAGCAGGCCAAACAAAAGAAAAACAACCGGAAAAAUAAUAAAGGAAAAAAUGAAAGGGUUGACAUGAAGGAAGUAGCUUUAGAGGGCAGUCCAUCAGAUGAUAGAAACCCUGAUGAUUUGUCAAGUCAAGCUGAAGAAGUGACCUCAAAUCCUGACAAUCCUGACGAAGCAUCUGAUAUCUCUGAUAACAGAGAUGAUAAUUCUGAGGUGCUUAAUGUUGAUCUUGAAGACCGUGAAUCCAGUCCUGUUAAUUGGGAAACAGAUGCUUCAGAAACUCGAGGCAUUGUUCCUGAAGUUGGUGAUGUGCAAAAUGAGCAAUCAGGAAAGAGGGCUUCAUUUGUUGAUGAUAGCUCGUCUACUUGUUCAUCUGACUCGGUUCCUUCAGUUAUCUUGAAUGGGUCGAAUGCAGGUGGUGCCUGGACAAAUGUCAAAUCCUCAUCCAAUAGGGGGAACAACCGGAGGAAUAAGGAUACUGAUUUGCGAACAGGGCAUGCACAUGGUGGAUCAAAUCCAGCACCCAAUGGCAGUUAUGGAUCUAGCAACUCAAAGGACAUGAGACCUGAAGCUGGGGAUGACAAAGUUGUGUCACAGAAGAAGCAAAAUGCACAGCGGCAUGUUGAUGUUAUGAGCCCCUCCAAGUUAAGAAUGACGGAGUCUUCCAUUCCUUCUGUGAGCCCUGUUAAGAAGCAACCUAUCUUCUCCCAGCAGCCAAAAUCUUCACUAGAAAGUACUAACAAUCUGAGUUCCCGUGCAACCGAAGUUUCAGCUGCUGCAGCUAGUACUACCACUACCAGAACGGGUGUGGCUUCCACCCCAACUGUUCAGCUAGUUCCAAAUAAAGGACCUCCGUCUGUUCCUCCAACUCAUAAUGAGAGGUCAGUUCCAGUUGCAAGUCGACCUCUGCAGAUACCUGUGCCCACCAAAUCUGAAACUCAGAAGCCAACUUCUCUAGUAAAUAGCUCUAGUGCAACCAAGGUCAUUACAGCUUCAAGGCCCUUGAGUGCCCCGCAAGUCCCUGCAGCAAAACAAGUGGCACCUGCUGUUUCAACAGUUCAGACUGCACCAGUUCUUUCUCGUUCGAGGAGUGCAGUUGGACGGUUGGGCAAUGAGCCCUCUGCCAGUGCUCCUAGCUACAUUCCCCGGUCAUACCGUAAUGCCAUGAUGGAGAAAACUUCUGUUGCAAGCGGUCUUACUCAUCAGACUAGUUCCUCAGUGCAAGGAGUUUCACACUCACAAUCAAUGUUUGCAUCAUCUGCUUCCAUUCUGUCACCAGAUAACUCUGCUAGGACAGAAAAGUCAUCAUUGGAACCUGGAUUUACGUUUGGAACAGUGAAGCCUGAGUCACUCAAUCAGUACCAGUGGAGAGAACAUAGCUCACAGCAGGCAAGCUGCAGUAGCAGCAGCAGUAAUGAUCAUGGUCUACUGAAUUCAAGUGUGGGCAAUGAGUCUGAUAAGCUCAAUUUGAAUGGAAGACCAAGAAGCAAGCAGCUGUUGUCUGAAAUUUCGACCAGAUUCACUCCAUACCAACCGCAAGGCCUGGUCGGCGACGAGUUUCCACACCUAGACAUCAUCAACGACUUGCUGGACGAGGAGCUCGGUGACAGAAGAAAGGUUCUACAGCCGGGGUUUGUUCGGCAGUUCUCUAUGCCGAAUAACGUUCCCAAUAACGCCAGCACACCUGAUUAUGGCAUGUUUAAUGAUCAGUACCUGUUUGAUCAGUCGGAGCAAUACUAUGAUGAGGAGCUUGCACCGUACUACAGUGAUCUGAACGGUGGCCCUCAAGGGCUUAGGGACAGGAGUUAUUCACAGUUUGAUCUCCCCUCAUAUUCAAACAGCCAAUUUGAUGAUAUGGUGAUGGGCCAGUGGCCAUACAGCCGCGCCGACAACUCCAUGCCGAACUUCGGGGCAGACAUCAAUGCCUACCCCUAUCAGUCGAGGGAUUACCAGACGACCUCAGCGAAUGCAGCAAGCCGCUACCCAUCCUAUCACCCUGGGAAUGGGCAUUGAGCCCUUUCAGAGAUGAAUAAUGAUUGCAACCGUAAUAAUGCGUUGUUGUAGUCCAUGCUGUUUGCUUCUGAGCCGAGUGUAAUUGUAAUCCUUCCAUAGAGCUACUGGUCUUUUAAAGAAAUGCUUCUCAGUUCCUUAAUAGCUAUGUUUCUUUGCUUGAUAUAUUUCAGUCAGUUUUGCCCUGUGCCUGGUAAAGAAUAUCAAAUCAAUUACAUGCAUACAUAGUUACAUAUAUUGGAGCCUUGCA